AUGUAUUUCUUUGCCGAAGUCUUCGACUUCUUCAUAAGCUUCUUUCUUAUAGUCUUUAAUAUGAACAUCAUUUUUAUGGUGUUGCCAUUGGCUAUCCAUUUGAAGCAUCGACCGUGCUUCCUUGCCUUUGUUUACACAGCAAUUGUCGCCAUGCUGAAAUCGUAUCCCUCGGCUGGAGAUUCAGCUCUAUAUCUGGGACUUCUAGGCCUAUUCGCCAAUGGAUUAGCGGAGAUGCAAUUCAUCUUCUUCUUAUUUUUUGGAUAUAUUGGGAUCUCUCUCCUUAGCCCUGUUAUGCAUAACCUAUGGAUCUGGAGGGGUACUGGAAAUGCAAAUUUCUACUUCGCGACUGGUUUGGCUUGCACCUGCCUUCAGACUGUGUUGGUCGUAGAGACUGUUGCGCCGUGUGAGCUACAUACAGAUUGA